UCGACAAAAAAUUAGAACAAAAAUAAAAAGGCCGUCUCGUCGUCCAAUAAGUCGUCACAAGUAAAAUCGACAAGUGAAAAAGAAAAAAAAAUUAUGACAAAACACAAAAACUAAAACCUUUUUAAGAGAAUUUUUCUUUAAAGUUUGUGGAAAACCAUUAGUUUAGAAUAACUAAAACCUAAGGAUAUUUGUAGUAAAUGUUAUAAAUGUAAGACGAGACGCUAGUUAUAAAGUUAAUAAAGUACAGUCUAUAACAAAAGAGUGAAGAGAGAGAGAGGUGAAACCGAAAAAAUAACAAAAGAAUUUUACCAAAAUUAUAACAAUUUUCCGCCACCAAUUGCUGCAUCAUGGGUGAAAUAAAAUCUGUUAAAGUUGACAACUGGGGAGUAUUCUUCCUGCAGAAACUACAGAAUUUCUUUAAUAAAACCGAUUAUUGUGACUUGACACUGCAAUUUCGUGACAAUUCCCAGUUGAAAGUCCAUCGUUUAGUGUUGAGUGCUUGUACCGAUUACUUUAAUGUUUUGGAACAGACCUGUGAAGUGGUGGAUGAUGCCAUCAUUAUGCCCAAUGGCUUACAGGCAGAUGUUGUGGUGCCAAUUGUUAAUUUCAUGUAUACCGGCACUUUGGAAUUCGAGUUGAAAAUGUACAAUCGUCUUUUACGUACCGCUAAAGAUAUGAACAUGACUGUGCUAUUAAAAUUGCUGGAAGCUCAUAGACGUACCAUGGAAAUGCAUCCACAAAAGUCAGCAGCCCCUGCCAGCCCAAAGCCAAGACGUAAAACAGCAGCUCAAACACCAGCCGCCGGAAGUUUACCUACUAACCCAGGCGGACGAUCUUUGAUACAAACAAAUCAAGGAAAACGUUUGGUAAUUGGAUCUAAUAACACUUCAUCACAGCAACGUCAUGUUUCCGCUGGUAAUACUCUAACACGUCUACCUACCACCGGACAAUUGCCUGUUAGACAAAUUGGCUCGACAACAUUCACACGCAUUAAGGUAGAAAACGAACAACAUCAUGAAACUAAUACAUCAACAUCUGCUGGAGGCUAUACACUACUUAAACAGUCGUCGCAACAACAGCAGCCCCAACAACCUACUUCACCUUUUGAACAAUUGCGAAAGGGUUACAACAACAAUAAACGACCGGCAGUUUCGACGUUCGUUUCACCACCAGCCAAAAAACCAAAUUUGGAAGAUGUUAAAGAAUUCGCUGAACAACAACGUAUGCGCAAACAAAUUGCUGCUGAGUAUGGUGAUGAUGAUUAUGAUGCCAGCAAUAUUAUGGAUGACGAUACCAUACACAAUGAUGACGACGACGAUGAAAUAACACCACAAACAUCAACCACUUCAACUUCGGCAGGUGUACAAACCGUAUCGUCACAGCAAACACAACAGCAACAAUCGGAAGAUCCUCCUGGCACUACCACCAUUAUUGUUAAACAUGAGGGCCCCGAUAAACCACCCACCAUAGUGGUUAAGGAUAACUCCAAUUCAAAAAUGAAUCAUGCUAAAAUUAUUUCAGAAGUUUUACGUCAAUAUCCGCAUUUAGUCAAGAGCAAUAAAAAUAUUAAAUUGAAAAUUAUGCCCAAUGCUGGCGGACAGGCACAAAAGAUUAUUGUGAAAAAAGAACCCAUGGAACCGGAAAAACAGAUGCAACCACCGCCCACUAAAUUGCCAGUAGUAGCAAAAAUAAGCGAGUCAUCAAAAUCCUUAGCUGCCAGUAUAGUGGCUAAUAGACCAAAACCACUGCAGCAACAACAACAAGCGGAGAUAACUUCAAGUGCUGUUAAAACCACACAAUCUGGUAUGAAUAAAGCACAGGCGACUAGUGGAACAAGUGCAGCUACAACUACGGCACAACCACAAAAACGUCGUAUAGAUAGUAAAACUAUGCAUGCUCUUAUAGCUUUAGGAGCUGAGAAUACCACUGGUCCCUGGCUAUGUCUACGUUGUGGCCGUAAUGGACAUCCCAUUAGUAUACCUUCUUAUCGUGGCUUCCGUCGUCAUUUGAUUAAUACCCAUAAGGAAACAAUCGAUCCAGCUUUAUGCGAACACUGUGGUUGGCGUUCGUCCAGCAAGAGAGAAUUACAUUUCCACAUGCAAUUGGAGCAUAAAGUUAAAACCAAUCUAUACAUAUUCCCCGAAUGUCAAUUAUGCCAACAAAUGUGCAUCGAUAGUGAUGGCCUUAACCAGCAUUUGAUCGACAGUCAUCCGGAUGAAAAUAAACAACAGUGUAUUUAUUGCAAUAAAAUCUUCCCCGAAGAAUUACAGCUCUACACGCACAUGAAGACGUUCCAUAAGAAACAAGCCAUUGAAGAUGGCAUUAUUGACUAUUCGGAUGAUGAAAAUCAAGGUCAAGCCACACUACAAUUACCACCAGCUGAAUAUGACCAAGAAAUGGAAGUGGAACAUAAAGAACAAACGCAGCAGGAAAAGAAAAUAAAUAUACUUUCCGAUAUUAGUUUACCCAUUGCUAGUUCGAUUAUUAAGACCGACUCGUUUAUACAGCAACAUGAGUCGACCACUUCUGUCGCUUCCGAAGAAUACUUGCAAGAUCAAGAACACGAACAGCAAGAACAUACUGAAACGAAAUUUGUAGCGGCCGAUGGCAGUGAGGUCAUUCUAACGCCAGAACAACGCAAAGAAAUCUUAUCGCAAUUGAAUCAAGAACACGAAGGUUCUGGCGUUGUUAUGGUCGUAAAUGAGAAUCCACAACAACAAUCACAAUAUGCAAGUGGUGAGACACAAUCGGAUCAAGGUGCCAUAAGUCAUGAUGAAACUUCGCAAGCUACCACCGCAACAAAUGAAGAACACCCCGAAGAGGAGGAAGAGGUUGAAGAGGAACAUGAACGGGUGGCAGAAGAAGAAGAAGAUGAUCAACAUGAUGAUAAUCAAAUAUAUAAUGAAAUGAAAGCAUUACAUUCAAAUAUAGAAGAUGAUUCGACAAGUCAAACUGAGGCUGUUGCAGAGGCAGAGGAAGAACCGGAAAACGAUGAAGAACCGGAACCAGAACAAGAGGAAGAGGGAGCAGCAGAACAUGAUCAGCGCGCUGAACAUUUGGAAGAAAGUAAAGAAUCAAUAGAUAAUCUGGAAUGGGCAGAGAAUUUACUUUCGGAACAUGAUUUAGCUGAUGAAGUGUCAUCAUCCCAGGCUACAGAAAGCACUAAGACACAGGAAAAGGAAGAGGAACUAAAGGACGAAGAUAACAAGUCCCAAGAUGAAAUAAGUAAAAAACUUAAAGAACUUACCGGAGAUUGGUCCGAAGAUGAUGACGAUGAUGAUAUGCCUGAAGAAGAGCCUCUGCCCGAAAUAACACAAAUGAAAGAAAUUGUAAAGGAAAAACCACAACAAGCUGAUGUUACAGAUGUUGAAAUGGCCGAAACCGAAGAAGAGAAAGAAAGCAAAACAGUGAGACCAGCAAAAGAACAAGAAGAAACUCCAGAAUUCGAAGAUCAUGCUGAACUAUUGGCCUCUUUACAAAGCACAGACAAAGAAGAUUUGGAGGAACAUAAAGAUGUAAUAACGGAGACAGCGCAAUCAACAGUAGAAGAUGAUGCUGAAAAUAUCGAUGAAGAUGACAUUGACAUGGCCUUGAAAAGUCUACACAAAGAAGACUUAGAAGAGGUAGAUGACAAAAAUACAGAGGCAGUCGAAGAAUCUUCAGUGAAAGAAGAAAACGAAGCAAAAGAAAAGACAGAUAAACCACCAGUGGAGGAGGCAGUAGUAGAUAAAUUGACCAAUGAAGAAACAGAAAAAUUAACUAAAAACGAUGAAAUUAUUGAAGAAAAAACAGAAGCGGUAAAAGAAACAAAAAAUACUGAAGUUCUUGAUGAAGAUAAACCCGAAGAAAAACUUGUAAAAGAACUUGCAACACUUGCAGAACCGGAAGCAACAGCCACGGCGAUGGAAGUAGAUGAAGAAACUAAAAAAGAUUUAAUCGAUAGUCUCUUAAGUGAACAAGCUGAAACUAUGGAAGAAACUGCAAACGAAACAUCCCCAACAACUACGGCAGCAAAAAUAGAAGAAGUAGUUGACAAAAUGGAAAUCAAAAUAGAGAAUUCAGCUGAAAUUAAAACUGAUACAGAAGAUACAAAAACCGCAUUAGAAGAGGAUACUCCCUCAUUAGAGGAUGAGUUUUUAAAUAUUGCAGCCGAUAAAGACACAAAUGAAGAAAGUGCUAUUGAUAAUAACGACAUAACAACAGCUACCACAUCUACAACAACAACUGCAGCUGCUGUUUCCGCCACUGAAUCGGCAAACACAACAGAGGUGGCAGAGGCUUCUUCAACUACAGCUAAGGAAGAUGCCACAAUAUCAUCUGAGGAACGUGUUAAAAGUCUUAUUAGUGAAUGGGGUGAUGACGAAGAUGAGGAUGACAAUGAUACAGAUUUAACAGCAAAUCUAUGAAUUUUAGAUUUAUUUACUUU